CUUCAUUCUUUGUUGACGUCCAAGCUGAUAUAUUUUUCUUAAACCUAGAUCUAGAUCUCUUAAAUAUUUAUAGUGACCAUUUUUUAUGCUCACUAAAUCUAGAUAUACGCCAAACAAAAAUAACAAUUAAAAAAAGUUUUUUUUUUAACAGAAGGUCUAGACUAGAAACUUCUAGACUAGAAGAUUUACAUUAUUUUCAAUACGCUUAUAGCCUUAUUUAACUUUAUUUUUCGACAAUAAACAACAUCCAGUCCAUAUUAUCUUACGCCUUUUCAAUAUCAUAACUUCAAUAUUAGAGAACAUCAGAAAUGAUUUGAGAGAAUAAUAGAUUGAAAAUAGUAGAUCUAGAUUAGUAGAUUCUAGCUUUAUUAAGAUUUUAAUGACUUGAGAGAAUGGUAAUUCUCGAUCUAGAGUCUAGGAUUCUAAAUAAAUAUGCAAAUUUAAUUUUAUUGAUCAGUUAGACACUAGAUCUAAUACUUAUACUAGUAAUUACUACUAAUUAGAAUUAUUCAUUAUUUUAUUGUUUAAAUUCUAAUUAAUAGAAUUUAAUAGAUCAUUAGAUCUAGAUCUAUCUAAUAAUCUAAUUAUUUUCAAAUUUUGGAAAUAAAAGGCCAAGGUAAAAAGCUAGAGUCAAAGGGUCUAGAUUCUAGAUCUAAGACUAAAAAUCUAAAUCAUCUAUCAUUUCUAAUUCUAUGGCUAUGGAUCCGUCACCAACACCCCCUCGCAGAUUUUCCCACUGGAAAACUUCAAAGCGAACUUUUACCUUUGGAAAAUUGAUUAACAAUAAAUUAAAAGGUUCCAAGUCUCCCAAAUCAAACAAGUCAGAAAAUUCCUCACUUAUCAAGUCCUUACAAAAGAUACGUGAAAGUUCUGUUAACGAGGAGAAAGAUGAUGGAAAAUUCAUGCUGAAUGAUUCCCCUAAGAAAAAGUCUUCUACAUUAAACUCUUCAGAUUUUGAGAAGAAAAAACUUCGAAGUAAUACUAAGAACCUCUCUGACAGAGAUGAUUCAACUGAGGAAAUUAGUGUUGAUAAAGAGAAUAAAGACAGAUCCCAAAAAAAGCAUUUCUUUGAUAAGAAGAAAAAGAAUAAAAAAGAGAAAAUAAAAAAAGGGUUUGAUUUGUCUGUUAAAUCUACAUCAAAAAGGAAACAUUCAACAGAAAAUGUGGACAGUUCUGUAGGGCACGCCCAGGAGCAGUCAAAGGUUUUGCUUACUAAACAGAGUAGCCAUGACCAUAUUCCUCAAAGUUCUGAGUCUGAAGCUCAUCUGGAAACAUCUCAGCCAAAAAGAAGUAAAAAAUCAAAAGAUGUUGUCCAGCGUUCCCAUGAGACUCUCGGUAACUCUAACAACACAAUUUCUGAAAAUGAUUCCCAAAACUUCACUCGUCAAGAAAAGAAUAAAAAUAGUAGUCGGGAGCUGAAGAGACUAUCUGGUUUAUUAAAUUCUUCUAGUAAUGAAAUUCUUGAGGAAUCAAAUAGUCGACCUCCUGGUUUGCGGAAUCGUAGUUUGCUGAUGUCAAGCGAAGCCAUGAGAGACAAACGUCAAUAUCCCAUCCAUUUUUAUUACUCCAGCAAAAAAAUGGGAACUCUGUCUAAUACUAGCGGCAACAGUUCCAAUAGUGCAAAUGCAUCCCAGAAAUCUGACAGUUCAAAUAGUAAAAAAAAGAAUGCAUCAAAAAGUCAUUUGACUAGACCAUUAAAAGAAUUCAGACCUGUUGUGGACAGUAGUAAUUCACACAGUUCACUGCAUCACAGUGAGCAGUCACUUGUAGAAAGACUAGGAGUAGACAAAAUCUCACCAGAUGUUGAUAAGUCAAAGUCCAAAAACUCUAAGAAAACCUCUCUCAAGAGUUCGGUGAGUGUUAGUGACGAUGACAGCAUAAACGAAUUCGAAGAACAUAAUUCCAACGCUUUGAAUCAAAGUGAAUCUCUUAAAAAGCAAAAACUUUCAAAGAAGAUAAGUCAGUCAACGAAAGAUGUGAAAAUAGCCCAAGAUAAACCAAAUCAUAAUUCAGAAAUUGUCAGGGUCAAACAGAAUAUGAAAAGGAAACCUGAAGCAACUAGUCAAUUGCAUUUGGCAAAUCAACAAAGUUCAGUGAAGAAAAUGAAAUUGGGUAGAAAUAAUCAGGAUGAUCGUAAAAAAAACAAUGACUCUUUCAAAAAUGUGCAGUCUUCUGUUCAUACUUACCCACCACCAAUAUCAAUUCCCUCACUGCAAAAGAAUUCUGAGACAUCAAAAUCUAGACCAAACGGCCUUAGAAAUAAUAGUCUUUUGACAUCACCUGCCAGUAAACAGUAUCCAAUUUCAUAUUACUAUUCCAGCAAGCAUCCAACAGAUGCCAAUUGUAGUGUAGAAAACGAAUACUCACCUCCAAAAAAGCAUGUUAAAUCCUCUUCUAGUAUAAGAGGUGAUGUCAAUGAUUCCGAUACAGCUAGCCAACAGUCUCCUGAAGUGCCUGCAGGUCAGAAAAAAUCUUCAGUGAAACCAUCGAGUUUAAAAGCAGGGAAAGUCUCAGUCUCGGACUCUGUUUUUCUUACCAACUCUUUAAGCAGACAGCAUUCUAAAGGAAGAGAUACAACCGAACCAACUAACAAGUCUCCAGAGCCAUUACCCGCUGGCAUGAAAAAAAAGAUUGCCAGCCGUAAAAGAUCUUCUAGUCAAGCAACAAUCAAUAGUGUAAUGAUAAAGAGUCAAGAAAAUAGUAUAAACAGCACUGUCUUAAACUCUCAGAAAACUCAAAGAAGGAGAAAUCUUAUAAAGGACCUUGCAACUAUUGAAGAAAAUGUCUCACCACAGGCUAAGAAAAAAGAUAAACGCAGAUCAGUUCAGGUGCGGUGUGAGGAGGGCACAUCAAGGCCAGGCUCAGAUGUUACUGCCUUUGAUGUUUUACUUGAAAACAUUGAGAGUAUAGAACAGAAGCUCAUGGAAGAUGAACUAGACAUGAACAAUCAAAGGAUAGUGACUAAAGUUAUGAAUGACUUGAAGCACCAGCUUGAACAAUUGCUCAUGAAACGUCUUGACUUGAAAUCCAUAGAGCGUGAGUUGAGAAAGACAAAAGCCAGAUGUAGUCAACUGAAAGAAGACAUUUCUAAGAAACAGAAGGAUAACAUGGAAUUAUCUAGUCAAGUGCAAGCCCUACAAAAUAAGGACCUUGACCUGCUUCUGGUCAGUGGUUGGAUGACAGACUACACAAAGCUAAUGGAGACAUUGGACAAUCAAUUGGGCUGACAAAAUAUAUGAUGAUCUGUUCUGCUCUUGACAAAUGCUUCUCUUGAAAGAUGUCCCAGAAAAUGUUUCACAGUCUAGUAGUGAUGCAGAGGCUUCUAUAAGCAACAGCACCUUAGUGUGACAUUGGAAUGCACAUCAAGCAUUUUCUCUUUCAUUAUGUAGUGUUAUCAACUGCUAUUUGUUUUCACCUUACAAUAUAUGCUGCAAAUCUGAAAUGAAAUUGUCCAUAUAAUCAAUUGGUUGGACCUAGUGUGUAGAUGUGUAUAUACUAUACUUUCCUCUCUGUAUAUAGAUUCUCAUUGUACAGUGUAUGUUGCACUCAUUCCCAGACAGACUCAUACACUUUGUUUGUAGCAUUCAUAAGUCUAUUGAACUAAAAGCUUUUGAAUCAUCCUGGGGCGUUACUCCUCUUUCUCUCCACCAGUUCUUAUGUAUUGUUUCUUUUAUAAUAUAAGAGUACAGUCCCUUUGGUUUUGUAUUGGUGUGUAUGACAUUUUUGUAGUUAAAAUUAAGGACACCUUUUCUAAAGCAGCUUUUACAAUCAUUAAUAACUACAGUAGAACAUAGCAGCAACACUAGCACAUGAACUGGUGCCAUAGUGUGGUGCUACUGCUUUAGUCUAUAUGGUAAAAUGGACUAAAUGAUGAUCAAGUAAAAUGUUACUGCUCAACAAUUAUUUUAGAAUGUCCUUCUUUAGUUUUGUUGCCACCAAGAAUGAAAUUAAUGUAACUAUUUUUUUAUCUGAUGAAAAGAUGUGUGAAUGUAAUACAAUGUCCUUGCAAUGUUCUGCAUCUGCAAAAGUACAAGUUCUAAAAAUGUUGUUUUUUAAUUAUUUCAACACUUGAAAUAUAUGUAUAGUGGUACUUCAAAGAUAUCUGAGAAGUCAAGAUGAGCUCUUGUGUUUGUUGGUUUACUGAAUAGCUGCUUACUACAUAGUACAGAUAUAAAGGCAGCUCUAGGAACCAAAGUUUUAAUCAGAGAAAAUGGUGAAUUAUAUAUAAUUAAAGUAAGGGACUGCGACUGCGUCGACCAGGCAACCGAUAAAGCAACUCUGCCUAGCAGUGGAGCUAACCUCUAGACCCAAGAGAUGUCCAAGUAAAAGAUUUUUCUGAUUUUUUCCCUAGUGUUGCCUUUAUAUAUGUAAUAUGUGUGGUUACUAGCUGGCAAUGUGUUGAAAUAAGCAAGUUUACACAUGUUAAUUUGUGGAAGGUCACAUGAUUACACACCCCCAUCCAGACCCCGUCCACAUUCCUAUCCAUACCAGUCCCCACAAACAAUUCUAUAUCUAGGAUCAACACGAGCCUGAGGCUUCUUCUAAAGACAAAGACCAUAAUUUAAAUUGCAUCUAUGUCUCUCUAACAAUAAAACAAGACGACGUUAAUACAUAACAUAGAGAUACCUUGGAAGUAAGGAAACCUAAAUGGAGUUUGAAGUGUUUUAGUGCUGAUACAAAUUAUGAAUGAUCAUGACACAUGGCAUCUAAUCAUAGCAGCACUAAGGUACCAAGGUUAUUCAGAGAAGAAGGUAAAGAAUAUGUGGAAAGGCCCAGAUGAAGACUCAAACUACUGAAAGUUACAUGUCAUGCUUAGUCUUUGCAUUACAGGAAAGACUUAAAAACUAUAAUUUCAAACUAUCCUGGCUGGUAGGCACUGCUGAGUUAAGAAUGACAUUGGCUGCUAUGAUCUUUUGUUGCACUCUAUAUGGCAGCUAAUUUGAAAUAUUGUAUUCAGAUUUAGUUAACAUAGACAUGAAGUGAAUGUAGCCUUCUAAUAAAUACAUUUUAUCCUGAGAUUAUAUUGUAUGCCAUAUACUUUGCAAAGAUUAUAUUGUUUGCCAUAUACUUUGCAAAGAUUAUAUUGUAUGCCAUAUACUUUGCAUAGAUUAUAUUGUAUGCCAUAUACUUUGCAUAGAUUAUAUUGUAUGCCAUAAACUUUGCAAAGAUUAUAUUGUAUGCCAUAUACUUUGCAUAGGUUAUAUUGUAUGCCAUAUACUUUGCAAAGAUUAUAUUGUAUGCCAUAUACUUUGCAAAGAUUAUAUUGUAUGCCAUAUACUUUGCAAAGAUUAUAUUGUAUGCCAUAUACUUUGCAAAGAUUAUAUUGUAUGCCAUAUACUUUGCAAAGAUUAUAUUGUAUGCCAUAUACUUUGCAUAGAUUAUAUUGUAUGCCAUAUACUUUGCAAAGAUGUUCUAAUACCACAGACUGAUGUUCUCUUACCAUGUACAUAAUACUGAGUUUCUAAUACCAAUGUCAGUAGCACUGAUGUUUAAUACAAUGUAUAUAAUACUAAUUUUCUAUUGUGUUAUACAAAUGAUUUGAUAAUGUAUUGUUUUAUAAUCAAAGAUUUCUGAUUAAAAAAAAAUUAAUCAGCUCUCUUGUCAUUUCCCUGUUUUCUUCCUAUUUAUUUGAAAGUAUAUAGAAAAAAAAGAGUAGUUGUGGACCUCAGCCUUAAUUCUCCUCUGCAUUCUCUAUAUUCAGCUAUUGAGAAUACUGGUGAAAUCAAAAUUCAUGAAAUAUACUUUUGUAAACUUUUUCACCCGCCUGAAAUUUAUUAUAUGUUUUUGAACCUCUAAUGAAGUAAACAAAAAUUAUUACAAUGAUUAAUUAAUGUUUAGCUGUUUACAAGACUACUUUAAGUUUCAUUGGUCCAGUAAUUGGUCAUGUCAACCAUCAUUAUUACUUACAAAAAGGAUUUCCAUUGGCUAUGAAUGUAUUAGUAUUGACUGGGCCAUUUAGAGAGUUUAGUCAGUGGUUGACUUGGCAAUUGAGAACGUUUAGUCAGUGAUUGCCUGAUAAAACAGUAUAGUGUUUCUGCUUUAUUCUAUGUUGUGAAAUAAACAAAACAAUGAUAGACUAAAUAUUUAUUAAUUUGGACUCAACUACUUAUCUCAUUAGCUGGGAGUUUGACAAUUACUGAUUGAGGGCAUUGAUUUGAAAGCUUAUUUGUUCUGAGGGACAGCCAAUGUCUACUUAAUUAUCAUUUAUCAUUAUAUAUCUAUAGUUCAUUACAAUUUUUGUUGUAAGUAUCAAGACAUAUUCAUAUACAUUCUUUAUAUUAUCUCAGACUUCUUUUUUUGUUUGUUUGUAAUGACAGUGAUCUACAAUGUGGACAUAGGACAAAAAAAAACUCUUUUUUUUGUGUGUUUCUAAAAGUCAUUUCACCUAACGAUGUUUUGACAAAACUUUUGAGUCAAAAAGAAUUCCCUGAAAACUUAACUAGCUCCUCCCUUGUGAUCGAAGAUGAGCACAUUUCUCAUUUACUAUGGACUCAAAGAUCACUGUAAGGUCCAAUCCUCACUUUAAAAAGCCAGCCGCAUACAUGGCAUGGAUGUGUUUGGUCAGUUGCAGAUAGGCCUGCAUCUUCUCUCAGCUUUUUGUUGGUUAGGCGCUCGUUCACCCUGGCCACUCUUCCUGCUUGAAAUCUUGAGACUCACAGCUUCAUACCAUGAGGAGCGAUUGAGAGCUAGUGCUUCCCAGUCGUGAAUGUCAAUAUCACAUACCUUAAAGGAGCUCUUGAGAGUGUCUCUAUAGCACUUGUAUUGACCUCCUUGGGAGCGCUUCCCUGCACACAGCUCCCUGUACAAAAGUCGUCUGGCAUGCGGACUACAUGUCCCGCCCAUCAAAGUUGGGACCUUUAUACUGUCGCAUUGAUACAAUGUAAAUAGGGAACUAAAUCAUACUGUAUACUGUACAUAUUUGUUUGAAAUACAGAAUUGUUUGGGAGUAGCUACAAUUGUUUCUUAUUCCUAGAAGUUCUAUUUAUUUUGUGUUGGUCAUAACUGUGUUGAUAUUUCAUAGAUUGCCUAAUUAACCAAUCAUCUCAGUUUCAAUAGUUUCCUUUUUUUUUUGGUUGCAAGAUGGUUUAAAUUUUGUGCCAAUAUUAAUAAACCAAUAAUAGCAUUAUAGGUAUAAUUUGUUUCACUGUAAUUCAUAUUAAAGGCAACUGCAAGUGUAACAUAACAUUGGAUUCAUAACUUCUUGUCAAAUGUAUUGGCUUGGAUUCAAGGGCUACAACUCUCUGGAGUUUCAUGGGCAUUCUUCUAAUUUCUGAUUGCAAAACUAACCUAGCAACUUAGUGCAUUUACUUUGAAAUGUCAUGUUAACCUUAGCAUUUAGAACAUUAUACCUACACAUUUACACUAUUUGAACAUUUUUGAAAAUUAUUUUUUUUUUUUUUACCAUGUAUUUGAAAAUAAAGGAUGUUUUGUAUACAA